GGGACUUUACCUGUCUGCAUCCUGCUCCAAUAUAAAUAGGAGGCUCCUUGCCAACCACUGUCCAGUUCGUUUGCGCCCUCAUUGACUUUACGAAGAUGAAAUUGACUUUGAUCCUUCUCAUUUGCUUCGUGGGGGUUACUUACCAACAAGGAUACCCGUGGUCACCAUUCUAUCGUCACUCACCGCGCCUAUUUCUCUCCAACAAUUACGAUGAAAAUGACCAACAGCUUUCUGCCAAAUCUGCGUACGACUUUGAGUUAGCAGAUUCUCUGAGUACGUAUGACGAUGAUGAAAUUGCGUCUUCCAUAACCGACGUCCAGGCGAGAAUCCCCUUUAGCAGUGCCAGGAAAGCGCAAAAGAAAUUUUUCGUUACCAGCGUAUUUCCCAAUUCGCUGUUCCCGUUUAACUUUCGACCUGUGACCGUCACAACCUUAACGACCACAGCACUUUCUGUCGUAACGUCAACGGCCGUGCUUGCCACAGUACAGUCGUGCAUUCCUGCUACGCAGUUUCUUACCCAAGCAGGAGCCGGAGGAGCCCCUGUGGUAUUAACGACGACCUGUGGUCGUCGAAGACGCGACAUCGACCGGCCGGAGAGGCAAAUCGAAACACAAUUUGAUGAUUCAAUAUCGCCGACUCGAGUUUUACCAUGGGCCACAAGCAGCGUCGCACCCAACUUUGUCACGUAUGACGAUGUCAAGCCUGAACUAAGGUCGUCGCAGGAAAUUCUUGGAGAAGAUCAUCGCCAAAUAUUUCGCGUUGGAGGGGCUAACGCGCGUCAACGACGUGGUUUGAGCCUGGUACUGACUGUUACCUUAACCUCCACAUCCUACUCGUUUUCCACUACGACCCUGAAGAAAACAGUGAAUUUGAGUGGGCAAGCACAACUGUUAUGCAUGCCAGCAGGUUUUGCAGUAUGUUAGGCCACCGAAUCUUUGAAUAUUUUAUACUCCCCACGUUUCAUGCAUUUUUGUUUUCUUUUUAAAUGCUCUUUGACAAACUUAGCCUUUGUCGAGAGAUUAAAAUUGCUUACAAGUUUUCGCUUCUUUUCGGGGGGUAAUAAUCUCUCUAUUUAUCUGUUCCAUUUUGCAUGACGUUCAGCUGAAUUGCCUAUCCUCGAAUUGCCAUCGAGGAUGACCAGUUCGUAAGUCUGGAUCAUUAAUUUAAUUAGAAAACAAUGACAGUUACAAUUAACAUCUACGACAUUUUGUUGUGAAGAUACAGAGGAAAACUUUAUGUUUCCAUUCGGAUUUAUUUUUUUCUCCUGUUGCUCGCCUUACUCCGCAAAAUGUGUACACACAAAAAAAUAGUUUAAUACAUAAUUUUUUAACAUUCGAAUGAAAAA